GGAGCAGAUCGAAAGUUGACGGUUACGAAUGAAUUCAUGCAAUUGAAACGCACUGUGGUUUGCAGGUGCAGCAUGUUGAAUGAAUCAAAGUUUAUUGUUUUAUGUACGUGCGUAUUAUUCAGAUAUCGAGAAUUUCAGGAAUUCAAUUUUUUAGAUGGACAAGACGGUCAAAAGGUUAUAAAUUUUGUAUGCAUGAAAUGCGAAGUACAUAUUUUGUAUCAUCAAAUACCUGACGCUAAAUUAAGGCGAAGUUUCAGCUGUGGAUUACAGCGCGAGAUAUGCACACAUACACAAUAAAUAAAUUCUACGGAUUCUUCACCGGUGGUUGAAUAAAAUAAAAAUUAUCUCAUAAAUUGGUCUUGUGAAACUUAAUAAAUGUUGAAGAUGGCAACGCGUGUUUUGCGAAUUCGAACUUUGAUGCAAGGACCCCUUUCCGCGUCUCAUGUCGAUAUCAUUAAUGAGAGCCACAUGCAUGGAGUGCCUCCAGAUUCCGAAACACAUUUGAAGGUGGUCGUAGUGUCGCCACAAUUUGACGGACUUUCAUUACUCAAACGCCAUCAAAAGGUUCAGGAGUUGCUCAAGGAGGAACUGGAAUCUGGGUUGCACGCCCUGUCCAUAAUCGCCAAGACGGAGGCCGAGUGGGCCAAGAUGAGCGGCCCCGUUGACCCCAGUCCGAAAUGCAUGGGGGGUUUUGGCAAAUGAUGAUCCUUACUACACGGACAAUAUUUACAAUUACUCAUCCACAUUGGGACGCGAGUCGAUAGCAAUUUAGCUUAACUUAAUUAUUAAAAAUCUGUUUUGAUAAAUAUCUAUCAUCCUUCAAGUAAUAAACAACAAAUUCUUUAUAGUUAUUUUAAAAUUACUGAAGAAAACAUUCGUAAAUAAUAGUAAAUAUGUGAGUUGUGAUGAGCCAUGAAUGAAAAUGUCUGUCCAUUGAUUGUAUGUAGUCUCGAUUGACACAUUACUUUGACUUAAGGAAUCACUUUGAGGUUAAGAUCUGAAGUCUUCCCAAAAUCCAUUUUUGCUUGAAUUUUAAAAAUUCAUAGCGUCUUGGUCAAACUGUAUAGUAAUUGAGCUCAAGAAAUCAAAUAUUAAACUCACUUUUUUGAA